UUUCCAUAAGUCACCUGACACACUUGUGACUGAGCUCGAGCUCCUCGGAACAACUGGUUAGACGACAAAUAGCUGCCCAAGUGCCUUUUUUCUACGAUUUAACUUGAGAACUACGACAGUUCCCGUAGUGAUAAGUCUACUUUUGAGUUUACGUCGUCAAACUAUGGUUUCGUGUUUAUUUUGCGGUCCCAAGUUGGCCGCCUGCGGUAUUGUCAUCAGCAUCUGGGGAGUCAUAAUGCUGGCAAUGUUGGGUAUUUUCUUCACCACCCACUCGGCAGUGCUGAUAGAGGAUGUGCCUUUCAAAGAGGAAGACAUGCACAAUGAUCAAGAUCCUCCCCACACCAUCUACAAACUCUAUAACCAGGUUGGAUACAACUGUUUCAUCGCAGCUGGUAUCUAUGUGCUGGUUGCCGCUCUCUCCUUUUGCCAGAUUAAACUCAACCAUCGCAAGGAGUACAUGGUGCGCUAGCACCACCUACUGGACUAGCCAUGGUACUGCAGGACUGAUACCACCUGCUGGACUAGCCCUGGUACUGCAGGCUGCAGCACCACCACCUUACUGUCUGGAGAAGUGUCUUUUUCCAUACAUGUUCUGUUUUAAAUAUGAAUGAAUGGUAACCAGGGUUGGGGCUGAUUCCAGACAAUUCAGGAAGUACCCUGAAAUUCCAAUGAGGAAAAUUUUGAAUUGGAAUUUGGUUUACUUUUUUAAUUGAAAUGGAAUUGACCCAAGCCCUGAUGGUAGCAUUGUUAUUGUCUGCCUUGUGUCCUGAUUCUCCACACUUCUCCCAAAGUGUGAACUUGUACAGUCGCCAUCAUGGACUUAAAGCAUGGGAUUGAUGUAAGCGUUGUCUGGAGGGAGUUUCCAGAACUCUUAAAUCCAUGGGCGGGAGUAUGCAAGUGCACACUUUGGAAGAAGGGUGGAGAAUUGGGAGUAAGCCUAUGUAUGAUCAAUAUAUUUGUUAAUCACUAACACCGUGCUAUUAUUAAUCAACUGAAAUCAAAUCACCAGAGUUGUAUUAUUUCCUUGCUAGCGUCUACAGAAUUAGGAAUAAUAACUGCUUUAUGUUAAUUCACUGUGCCUGUCUUCCCCUCAGGUAAAAAAAAAUCUUGCAAUUUCUCAAAUUAUAGUUGUAUUUGUUUGAAGCCUUAACUUGUUUUAGAAGCUGCACAGAAGUUUGAACUUCUAGUGAUUUUUUUUUUUAGAACUUCUAGAAUGUUGUGCCUUACUAUGUGACAGAAGCUGUUCUAUUCUAAUCUAGUGCCUUAUUGGACAGAAUGCUAAUUUCUCUGCUUUCUCAUGGACUGUUCUGUCAGAUCUCUUGGCUUUUUAGUUUUGGAAAUCUAAUCAAAAGUUUUGAAUUUUGUCCAGCCUUGAUACAGUUUGAUGUAAUAAAUUCUGAUUUUUGAGUAGUUUUAAAAAUAACGUUUUAUUUGAGUAGGGUCAUAAACGUGCAGCGGGGGGUGGGGUGCAGGACUGAGUUUGAGAAUCCCUGCUCUAUAGUGAUGCUGUGUACUGGGCAGUAGGAAAAGGUAAGGCAGCUCCAGUCCCUGGUUUUAAUCUAUAUAAUAUGUAUGGUCUGUUAUUACACUAUGUAUCAGUGAAGGCUUCACAGGGGAGGACCAUCAUCAGUGAAACAUUAAAGUUAAAACUAUACUAAAUAUA